UAAUUUUUUUUUUAAAUGGACUCAGGGUUUGCGAGUUCCAGGGCUUAUAAAGGAGACCUAGAAGCUUCUUUCUCAGAUCCCAAUUUCUUCAAUUUGCAGUCGACAAUGGCGCCUCUUCCAGCACCAUACUCAGGAACUAGCACUCUUUCUCUGGUAGCGCGCGCAUCGGCAUUCACGUUUGGACUCGCUUAUGGAAGCGUUAAGCUCAAGUAUCUCAGGGCGAAGGCCAAGUCUCAAAAGAAGACUGAAGCUAAGGCACAUCAUUGAAAGAUAGCGCAUGGUGGAUUUGCUGUUUGCUGAUAGAAUAAGAUGUGACUGAUUAAACUGUAUCACUUUUCGCCCUAUGUUUAUAUGUUAAUUAGAUUCUGACUUGUAGCUGUUCAAUACUGUGUUGAGAGCUUUUAGGUAGUUUUGUGGUUUUUAAUGGUUUAGUGGGUUCCAUUUUUAAAGAUUGCAUCUUGGAUCGAUCUGACUACAAAAUAAUCUUUUUGUUAGACAAAAGCACCUGAGGCGAUUGUCCAUUAAUCAUGAAGAUAUGUUGAUUUGCUGUGCUAAGAA